CGCUGAUUGGUCCAUUGUGGCGCGCCAAAGAUCACAUGUCCCACUUUUCGCGCGAAACUCCUGCUCUGUUGUCUGAACGUCAGCGUGCUGUGAGUGUCUGAGCAGCGGUCAGGAUCUGUCGUAUUUUUACAGGUUUUUAAAUAUUUUCUCACAGUUUGACGGUGCUCCAGAAUGGAUGUUGCCACAGCAACCGCGGAAAAUGCCGGGGAAAUGGUGAAGGACGAGUUGGCAGAAAAAUGUCAGAAGUUAUUCCAGGCUUUCUUGGAGGAGUAAGUCAGACGGCUUGGAGGCUUCAUUGUAUUGUUGAGAUGCACAUGAGUUGUUCUGCACGAUGGCAGCUAUUUGUCGAUCUCUUUCAUAAGUAACCGUCGCUGUUGUGAUCGUCUGAAGUAAUUAUAAACUAUAUUUUUGUUUUUGUCUUUGUUCAGGUUUCAGACCGGGGAUGGGGAGGUGAAGUAUGUCCGGGAGGCCGAGGAGCUGAUCCGGCCUGAGAGGAACACGCUGCUGGUGAGCUUCACAGACCUGGAGGGCUUCAACCAGGAGCUGGCCACCACCAUCCAGGAGGAGUAUUACAGGUGAGACAAAAACCCGAGCUCAGAAGUACUUUACACGGUGAUUUCAUUUUGCCAGUUAUAGAGUCAAUGUCUAGUCUUCUAGUGACUAUACUGUUCAGCAUACAUACAAUCACACACAAUUUGACUGACAAAACGUGAUUUUUCUUCUACAUUAUUUCCUUUAACAAACAAACAUGCCUUUGCUUUGUGUUGCAUCAAAUUAUUAACAAUAUAACUGCUCAAACAUGAGAUAUCUCAUCUUUUAUUUUGAUAAAUUGAUACAAACGUCUCUUAAACUUUUGUCAAGAAAUUAGGCUUAUUUGUUUUUUAAAGGGAGACUACAAGUGGGUUAAAAAUGUCCUGAUUUUGAUUUUUUUGUGUUAUAGUUAUCUAACAGUUAUCUGCUUUCCCCUUAUGAGCAUAGUACUAAAGAAAACAUAUUUUAGGCUGUAUCAGAAGCAGUGCUGGUGUUGGUAUCAGAACUAGUUUUCAGCUGAGAUCAGCUUUUAAUGGUUGAUGCCAAUACCGUCAAUGACAGCAGGUUGGCUGAUGGCUGACAUCUAAUGCUGAUGUCUAUUACUAUUGUUCUUUUCAGAAUACCUUCAGUGGAUAAACGAAUGGUUGAUGCACAAACAUUUAAAUAGAGAGAACUGUGAGAUUAACACAGAUUAUUGUGUUUUCAGAGUCUACCCCUUCCUUUGUCGGGCAGUGCGUAACUUUGCUCGGGAUCAUGGGAAUGUUCCUCUCACUAAAGAGUUCUACGUUGCCCUGGAGGAUCUGCCAACCAGACACAAGUAAGUCACAUGACUUGAAAGCUGUAUUAGUUGAAGGUAUAUUUACUUUCUCAGGUCACUUCAGACUUUUUUUUACAUGAUGGUGUUCUUAAACAAACUGUAGUUGUCUCAGUCUAAAUGAUCAUUUUCUGUCAUGUAAUCCAGGAUCAGAGAGCUGUCAUCAAUGCGUAUUGGCACCCUGGUGAGGAUCAGUGGUCAGGUGGUGAGGACACACCCUGUACACCCUGAACUGGUGAGACAUCCUGUUGUCGACUCUAAGACAGCUAUAGUUUAAAAAAAAACACAUAGGUUUAGAUUGAUGUCAUAGUUCAUGAUCAGUGAUUUAAUGUAAUCAAAAUGUGCUGACAUUGCUGAUUACUUUUAAAGAAAUAUGUUAACCAAUCAAAACAGUAAACUAUAACAACAUAUUUCCAGAACCAGCUACUGAAUUAACCAGACAGAGCCUGAUCGAGUUUUUAGAUUUUCACCCGUCAUAGAAACAAGAGGUUCCUGACAGAUAAGAACAAACUCAAAGCUGUGGUGUAGAAAUGGUGUUACUGGGCAGGAUCUUUAAACUGAUGUUUUAUCUUUCCCAUGAUUGCAGGUGAGCGGCACCUUCCUGUGCAUGGACUGUCAGACAGUCAUCAAAGACAUCCCUCAGCAGUUCAAAUACUCUCCACCAACCAUCUGCAGAAAUCCUGUCUGCAACAACCGCUCCCGCUUCCAUCUUGACACACACAAGUCCAAGUUCAUCGACUUCCAGAAGGUAACUGUCAGAGAGAUUACGUCGUAAAGAUAUCACUCUAGUUAAGCACAAGUGUCUAAUUCAGUUUGACUCUUUGCAUUUAGGUGCGUAUCCAGGAGACACAGGCUGAGCUACCUCGUGGUUCAAUCCCUCGCUCCCUGGAGAUCAUCCUGAGGGCCGAGGCUGUUGAGACGGCUCAGGCUGGAGACCGCUGUGACCUCACAGGGACUCUCAUUGUUGUGCCAGACGUCUCUCAACUCAGCACUCCUGGUAUGUUUGUGCACCCACUUCGAGAUUUGUCGGCUGUGACCAGAACAACUUUGAGCAGUAACCAUGACCAUUUUUAAUGUGUCAUUAUUUAGGAGUGCGAGCAGAGACCAGUUCUCGUGUCGCUGGUGGACCUCAGGGCUUUGAAGCUGAGGGUCUGAGAGGCCUGAAAGCUCUGGGUGUAAGAGAGCUUUCCUACAGACUGGCCUUCCUGGCUUGUCAUGUGGCCCCGACUAACCCACGAGUAAGAGACGUGCACAAGCUCAAUUCAGACAGAAAAUAAAGCUCCAAAUUUGUCUGGUGUUUGGUCCAAAACAUGCUUUUCUGCUGUCGUAGUUUGGCGGUAAGGAGCUGCGGGAGGAGGAGCAGACCGCAGAGAGCAUCAAGAGCCAGAUGACGGAGAAGGAGUGGGAGAAAGUGUUUGAGAUGAGCCAGGACAAGAACUUAUAUCACAACCUGUGCACCAGCCUCUUCCCCACCAUCCACGGUCAGAGCAAGAACCAUCCCUUUGCUCUUUCUCCAUCUUAGAUAGCUCUGCUUAAAAACACUGCUGUGAAGUUCAGCAUGUGAAGUUUAACUGAAUUAUUUUCAAUGCAGGAAACGACGAGGUGAAGCGAGGCAUCCUGCUGAUGCUGUUUGGAGGUGUUCCCAAGACAACCAUGGAGGGUACCUCACUGAGAGGAGACAUUAACGUGUGCAUCGUUGGAGACCCCAGCACAGCCAAGAGCCAGUUCCUCAAGUAUGUUCCCAUCUCCUUUACGGAUAAAUGUCAACAUCCUCAAAAAGGACCGCAUGAAAAGACUGAGGUAGUACGGUGGAUUAACAGUGUGUGGUUUUCUUCAGGCAUGUGGAGGAGUUCAGCCCCAGAGCUGUGUACACCAGCGGUAAAGCCAGUAGUGCUGCAGGUCUGACAGCUGCUGUGGUCAGAGAUGAAGAGUCCCAGGAGUUUGUCAUCGAGGCUGGAGCUCUGAUGCUGGCUGACAACGUAAGUGAUCCCACUCAGUACAGACAGAGGAGUUUAUUACUGAGUCAGUUCAGAGGUAUUUAUGAUGAUGUUUCCCUCUCAGGGCGUGUGCUGCAUUGAUGAGUUUGAUAAAAUGGACCUGAAGGAUCAGGUGGCGAUCCAUGAAGCAAUGGAGCAGCAGACCAUUAGCAUCACUAAAGCUGGAGUCAAGGUAACUCAGCUGGAUCAAAGCAAACUUAAUAGAGACCCCUCAGUUCUCUCUGCGUUGAAAUGACCAGACUUUGCCUCCCCGUUCUCCAGGCCACCCUUAACGCUCGUACCUCCAUCUUGGCUGCUGCUAACCCCGUUGGCGGACGCUACGACCGCAGCAAGAGCCUGAAGCAGAACGUGCAGCUGACAGCCCCCAUCAUGAGCCGCUUUGACCUCUUCUUCAUCCUGGUAGAUGAAUGUAAUGAGGUAUGUAUGCAUGCUGAGUCCUACAGUGAUGAUUCAAUAAAAUCCUGGCUUUUAAAAAAUGUGUGUUCUACAUUUUUAAUAUUUUCUGUUUUAUUUUUCGACUGUUGUCUCUUGAAGUAUUCUACCAGACUCUAAAUGUUCUUGUACAUUCUUUUCAACAAAGCCUGAUACCGUAUGUGAUCUUUGUGUUACCCAGGUGACAGACUACGCCAUCGCCAGACGAAUCGUGGACCUGCACUCUCGUGUGGAGGAGUCUGUGGACAGGCUGUACUCUCUGGAUGAGAUCCGCAGAUAUCUUCUCUUUGCCCGACAGUUCAAACCAAAGGUGUCUGCUCACGCUGGUUGCUUGUCCACUUUAUUUUUGACUAUUUGUACAUUUACAUUAACCGCUGCAUACGUCACUUGUGCGCCUGUAGAUCUCCAGCGAAUCAGAAGAGUUCAUUGUGGAGCAGUACAAGCGUCUGCGUCAGCGUGACGGCUCAGGAGGUGUUUCCAAGUCUGCCUGGAGGAUCACGGUGCGACAGCUGGAGAGCAUGAUCCGCCUGUCAGAGGGCAUGGCCCGCAUGCACUGCUGUGAUGAGGUGAGGGCACCAAAAACCUUAAGAGAAAUCAAUUUGAAUGCUACAACAUCAUAUGGAUGAUAAGAAAAUAAGUCACAUUUUUUAAAUCAGCCAUUACAAUUAUUUUCAAAUGGAAACCUGCAGCUUUUAUUUCUGAGGAUUUCCUGAUUUGUCUUUGUCCCUAAAAUAAAAAAAAAGUCUUUGGCCUUUUGAAGCUGUUUGAUCAAUUAUCAAUCACUGAAAAUGCAGAAGUCUCUUGUGUUGCAGCCAAAACAAGCAUGCAACAGAAUAUUGACCCCUUUCCUUUCUUUUUAAUGCUUUCAGGUGCAGCCUAAACACGUGAAAGAGGCUUUCCGUCUCCUGAACAAAUCCAUCAUCAGAGUGGAGACGCCUGACGUCAACCUGGAGCAGGAUGACGAACUGGAGGAAGAGGAGGAGCAGCAGGAGGAUGGUAUAGUCACACAAACACAUCAAUGCACCUGCUGAAACAGACAAACCCACACUGGAUUACACUAAAUGUUUACUUUCCCUGGAUCAGAGGCUUCAUCUACUGUGAACUUUUUAUUUUCAGGAAAUGCCGUUCCAAAUGGAGUGAAUGGUAUAAACGGCCAUGUCGACGGCGUCAAUGGGCACGUCAAUGGAGUUAACGGUCAUGUAAAUGGUGUCAAUGGACACGCAGAGCCUGGCAGCCAGCCUAAACCAUCCUUCCGCCUGUCCUUCACUGAGUACAGACGCAUCUCCAACCUUCUGGUCCUGCAUUUACGCAAGACGGAAGAGGGUAAGAGAUGUUCUUCCACCAGUAACUGAUGAGAAAAACUCACUGUAACUCUUGUGUGUUUUUUUUUUCCCCCUUUCACUUUUUAAUCUCAAGUUUUCUUCUGUGUUUUAGCUGAGGAUGAGGAGGAGCUGAAGAAAAGUGCAGUGGUGAACUGGUAUUUGAAGGAGAUUGAGUCAGAGAUCGAGUCUGAGGAGGAGCUCGUCAAUAAGAAGGGCAUGAUAGAGAAAGUCAUCCACAGGCUGGUCAACUAUGUGAGUACAGAUAAAAGCGUUGUCUACAAACAGGUACACAAAUGCAAUAAAUUAAGACCAUGCUCAGACGUAGCUCACUAUCUGUUUCCUCCAGGAUCACAUCCUCAUCGAGCUGUCCCAGGCCGGUCUGAAGGGCUCAGAGUCUGCAAGCAAAGAAGAGGAAGUGGUCCUGGUCGUCAAUCCAAACUACAUCCUGGAAGAUUAAAACACCUGCCUUUACUCCUCUGUAUCUUUUCCUCCUUCCCCUGCAGCCUCCGCGAUUGUUAAUAGAACAUUCACACAAUAAAAUGGAUUUCCAAGGUGUAUUUGAAUGCUCGUAUGUAACUGGUACAUAGUUGUAGCAUUUGAAAUGUUACAGGACUUGUUUAUCAACUCUUUUGUACAGACUAUUGUUAAAACUCUCUUUAAAAAGAUGUGUCUCUGUCAGAUAGACUUUUGUAAAUAUAUUGCUUUUUUCUUAAGUUGGAUGCUGUUGUGCUUCAGCCUAUUUGACUUCAGUUGGAAAAGUGUAACUGCUGUUCAUCAUAAACUGUUUGUUAGAGGCAUAUGCUGACUCCCCACCAUGGUUUCCAGUUAUGUGUCUUUUUUUUGUCAAACUGGCUAGAAAUGAAUUAAAUAAAAAAUAAAGUAAGAUGUUAAUGUAAA